AAAGGUGAGAAAGACGCGAGCUCCGGACAGAGCAGCAGGAGGAGGAGGAGGAGGAGGGGAGGAAGGCUGUUCCCAUGGCAACCCCACUUCGCCUGCGCCCUAGAGUCGAAGCGCCGUGCACUGUGGGAAAGGGCCAGGAGUGUACGCUGGGACUGCUGGGUAGCGUAGUCCGGCUAAGGAGCGGAGCGGGGUGGGGGGCACGUGAUGGGCGGAGCGGUGGAGCGCGAGUCCUGCGGGGAGGGGAGGUACGAAAGUACCGGCCGUAGCGUCCUCCCCCGCCCCUUUCUCCGCCCUCUUCUUCCUCCUUUGGCUCCUCUAGGGCCGCCUGGGAAGGUGGUAGAGGGGAGCCCCUGGAGAGGGAUGGGGAGCGUCCCGGCGCUGGGCUAGUGCUGCACAGGCAGGGGAGGCAGGCGCUCUUGCCCCGCCCACUUUACAGAAUGGGAAACCGAGGCAGGGGCGGGCGCCCCCGCUCCCCUCCCCCGCAGAGGCCCGCUUUCCGGGCCCAGAGGAGCCGGGAGGGGGGCCGAGCGGGAGAGCCUCCUGGGGGUCCUCCGUGGCUCACAGCCUCGGUGUCCUCCUCUCCCCACCCCAGGAGCUGAGUGCUGUAGAGAGGCCGGGGGCAGGGCCGGAAAGAGCCGCCGCCGCCGCUGCCGCCGCCGCUGCUGAGGAGGGACCGCCCGCCGCGGGCCCUUGGGUGGGCUGCGACCCCAGACCCCCCAUGGCUCACGGCCAGCCCGGAGGGGAGCUCUGGUACUCGGUGCCCUUCCAGCUCCUCUGUCGGGCCGUGCCGCCAGCCCUGAAGUCGUCCCGCAGCCGGAGAGCCCUUCCCAGCGGCCCCGGGCCCUCCGGGGCGCCCCCCCAGGGCGGGGUCCCGGCCCCCCAGCUCCUCCGGCUGCACAGGGAGCUCUCGGCUUCCCUGCGGCCCGGGAGAUCCGUCCCCGCCAGUCCCCAGGCCUCUGGACCACGGCAGCUUGGCCGGCCCGGGCCUCAGGUGCGCUCCCCCAGGGGGGGGCCUCCUCCCCUUUGCCCCCAGCCCAGACCUGCCCACUGGCCCGGGAAAGCUGCCCGGGGCCGGGCCAGCCGCAGGCCUGUGUGCAGGGGCGCCGCCCUGAAGGCUUUGCCCCCCACCCCCGCGGGGCUCCCCCUUCCCGCCGGGCCCCCGUCUCCCGGGCCCCGUCUGUCCUGCCUGCUGCGUUCCCUGCAGCUCCGGCCCUGCAGGCCGGCCCAGGGGCUCCUCCUGCUCGGCCUGCCCAGGCCGCCCCCCCAGGCGAUCCCCCCCAACUCCCCCACCUCGGCCUUCAGCCCCAGCCCGGCCCCGUCUGGAGAGCCCCGAGCCUCUUCGCACCGGGACGCUCGCCGCCACGGGCGGGCCAGCUGCAAGGACGGCGUCUCUCUGGGAAAGGCCGUGCAGUGGUGACCCGGCGCGAGCUCGUUGGGUGAACCCCAGGAACGAGUGGCUGAGCCUCAGAUGGGGACCAGACGCCGCGCCGCGCCCGCGAGGGGCCCACAAUUAAAAGCGAACCCUACCCUGCCGGGGAGUCUCGUUUCUAGGCGGGGGGCGGCGCUGAGUCCGUGUCCCCUCCCCCCAGACGGAGCGGGGCCUCCCUGCCGAGUGUCCAGUCAGCAGGACCCAGAGCUGCGCUCCCAGCGAAGCCGCCCCAACCCCGGCAGCUUCCCGCCCUUGGGUCCCCGGGUCAGGAGACUCUGGGGCUGGGACCCAGGUGAACUCGGGGUCGCCGGGGGUGGCGAUUUGAGUUCCUGUAGAGGAGGGGGACAGGGAAAGGGUGCGGGAUUUCUCCCGCCUGGCCUGUGCCGGGGGGUCCUCCGCCGCGAGGAAGACGAGAGGCUUUUAAGGAGGGAGCUCGAGAAGACGCCUCACCCGCGCUCGGCUCCUCGGCUUCCUCCGGCGGGGCAUCCAGGAAAACUCUCGGCCGAAGUGGACGAGAGCAGCCGCCGCGCCGCGAGGCGGGAACGCUCCGCACGCCGGCCCCGGCCAGAGCCGCCUCUCUGGGCGAGAAGGGCUGAGGCCGGAGGGAGCCACGGCACAGACCCGGCCGCGUGUGCCCCCCGUCACGUCAGAGGCUUCGUCUUUGACGAGUUAGCAGCUCCUCGGCGCUACUUCAGGCUUCCGCGUCAAGGGCCCUUCUGUGAUCAAUUUACCCUCUCCGGUACUAGAUCUAAAAGGAGACUCCGCUGACCCCAAUAGGGUCUCCCGGGGAAGCCGAAAGGGGGAGGGAAGAUGGGGAGAAGCAAACAGAGCAGGACACCCAUCGGAGCACCUUUGUGCUCGCAGAGGUCCGGGGUCCGACAGGCAAGAAGGGGAUUUCUCUGUGGACCGCCGGCCUUGGCGGGGACCUCCGAGGUGCUCGGGAGGUUCUGCACACACUGAAGGCCUCGAGACCGGGCUGGGGGGCUGCUUCUUCAGAAGCAGGAUCCCCUCCGUGCCUUGGAGAGGUCUGGAGGGAAGUCAGUAGCUCUGGCCUGUGAGCCCCCGAUCCCCGCUGCCCACGUCUGGCCCGAGUCCUCAGAGCUUGGCCUGGGCCAGGAUUCCCGAUUCUGCCUUGCCACUAGUUAGGUCGGAUGGGGGAAGCGAGCUCGGAGCUUAGGGUUCCGCCUUCAUCGCCAGGGUGCCCGGUGCUGCACCUCUGAGCUAAAGAACUUGCAUGCUUCUACUUCGGACCGUGUUUGGCUCCCCCCGAACCGAAGACCUGCUUUGGAAAACCGCCAGGAAAAAGUGAGAGGAACAAAGCUGACCUAGACCCAGGGUUUACCUCGGCCGUAGAACACCUUCCAAUUCCCUAGAGUGGCGAUGGCGGACCUUGUAGGAAUGGAGUGCUGCCCCCCCCCCCCAAGUUCUGGGUACCCUCGUCUUACCCUUCACAGGGGAGGGAGAAAGCCCUCCCAUCGGGCUCCUGGGAGGAGGGGCGAGUGAAGUGAGUGCAGAGAGGGGGAAGGGAGCAGUCCCAGUGCUCUGCUCCCCUCCAGCUCUGCUACCUGUGAGCUGCCCCCUUACCCUGUGUGCUCCCACUGGGCUGCUGGGCAGAGGGGAAGGGCUCCGCCUGAGUCUCUCUGCCUUUCUAGUAAUGAACUCUGGGGGGGGCGUGGUGGCGCACCUGUCCACAGAGAGGGCUCUGGGUGCCAUCUUUGGCACCCAUGCCAUAGGUUUGCCAUAUGUAAUCAGUUGAUUUUUUUUUGCUUUCUUAAAAAACCCGCGCCAACGCUCUACUGUUAUUUUUCUUGUGUUGUUCUUCAGGGCUAGGCAAUGGGGGUUAAAUGACUUGCCCGGGGUCACGCAGCUAGGGAGCAUUGGAGGUCAGAUUUGAAGCCAGGACCUGGCUCUGCUGCCCUCUUUCUCCAGUUAUUGAAGUCUUCCUUUAUUUCAGUAGAGUGGUUUGUAAUUGCAUUCGUUCCUCUCAAGUCCUGGCUUUUGCUUAGGAAUCGCAGAUUUCUUCCAGUCCUUCCUGCUAAGUGAGCAUCGGCGCUGCACAGCAACACUUCUCACGUCUUCCUUCUUGAGAUGACGGUUGCCAUUUGUUUUAGAUCCGUCUCCACUUAGGCCAGCCUCAGGCUGGCCCCCCCACCCCCCAGAGGCCUGGGGGCACCUCAUCCCAUGUCCCAAAGCCGGGCCGUCAGGAGGGCGGAAGUAGGCCUGACUGGGGGGCCUCCCUCCUGCCAUUUGACUUCUGGUCCCACUUGGGUUCCUGGGUAACCCAGCCAGGGUUACUGCAAAGCUCUCCUUUGAGAGGCGGAGGAGGAAGAAGGGGAGUCUGUCCUGCAUCGCUCUCGGGGCACAUCACAGCUCGGUCCAAUUUGGGGCGCUUUCUUGGAGGUUUUUAGACCAAAGUGUUCAUCUGCUCAAAAGCUUUUUCUCCUCCUGCCGUGUUUUCAGUGUUUGUUCCCAAUGAGUUUAAGCCACCUCCCUUCCAGGCCUAGAGCAGGGAAGAGUCUCUUCAGGCUGUUCUUUGGAGGUGCUGCCUUUAGUUUUCUUUUUCUCUUUUAUCUCCUUUUGCCUUGGGUCUCAGUGGCACCAUGGUUCUGUGGUGGGGUGCCUUUUCCCUCUACUCUGGCAAACGAUCUACAGAGCAUUGGAGUGAAUGUUUGCUAGGAUUCGCUGGUAAAUCCCUCUGGGCCUGGGGCCCCCCUUAGGAGCCCUUCUCCUCCCUCCCUCCUUCCCCCUUCUUCCCUUCCUCCUUUCCCACCUUCCUCCCUUCCCCCUUUCCUCCCUUCCUCCCUUCCUCUCUCCAUCCUUCCCUCCUUCCUCCCUUCCCCCUUUCCUCCCUUCCUCCCUUCCCUCCUUCCUCCCUUCCCCCUUUCCUCCCUUCCUCCCUUCCUCUCUCCAUCCUUCCCUCCUUCCUCCCUUCCCCCUUUCCUCCCUUCCUCCCUUCCUCUCUCCAUCCUUCCCUCCUUCCUCUCUCCAUCCUUCCCUCCUUCCUCCCUUCCCCCUUUCCUCCCUUCCUCCCUUCCCUACUUCCUCCCUUCCCCCUUUCCUCCCUUCCUCCCUUCCUCUCUCCAUCCUUCCCUCCUCCCUCCCUUCCUUCCUUCCUCUCUCCAUCCUUCCCUCCUUCCUCCCUUCCCCCUUUCCUCCCUUCCUCCCUUCCCUCCUUCCUCCCUUCCCCCUUUCCUCCCUUCCUCCCUUCCUCUCUCCAUCCUUCCCUCCUUCCUCCCUUCCCCCUUUCCUCCCUUCCUCCCUUCCUCUCUCCAUCCUUCCCUCCUUCCUCUCUCCAUCCUUCCCUCCUUCCUCCCUUCCCCCUUUCCUCCCUUCCUCCCUUCCCUACUUCCUCCCUUCCCCCUUUCCUCCCUUCCUCCCUUCCUCUCUCCAUCCUUCCCUCCUCCCUCCCUUCCUUCCUUCCUCUCUCCAUCCUUUCCUCCUUCCUCCCUUCCCCCUUUCCUCCCUUCCUCCCUUCCUCUCUUCAUCCUUCCCUCCUUCCUCCCUUCCCCCUUUCCUCCCUUCCUCCCUCCCUCCUUUCCUCCUUUUCUCUUUUUCUGAGAUUGCCUUUGUUGACUGGGAAAAAACACAACUAUUAAAUACUCAAAAUCCCUCUUUAAUCAAGGGCAAAAAGGGGUUCAGCGCUAGGAGGCCUCAACAACAGAGCUGUGCGCUGAGGAUUGAACUCUCUGCUCUGGUCACUGACCCCUGGGAAAGUGCCAAUCCCAAGAGCCAUCAAAGUUGGGGAGCUUCAAUACCUUUCUAGAUGACCUGGGGGCUUAGGGCGAGAGGGACAGUUGAUUGACUUUACAAUGGUAAGAAAGAAAUAAUAGUGAGGGGCAGAUGCCCUACAAUGGACACAAAAGGGAAAGAUCCAGCCCAGGGCUGCACCAUCUUGGUAAAGGACUUUAGGCCAGGGAGGAAAACCCUCCCUUUUUUUGGGACAAAAGAGAUACUUGACCUCAGAUGGGAUUAGCUGUUUCCACUCAAACCACCCGGAUGUCUAUUGUUAGCCGGAGACCAGUGAAGGGGGACCUGGGGGGG